AUGGAGCUGCGGGAGGAGGCCUGGUCUCCGGGGCCGCUGGACUCCGAGGACCAGCAGAUGGCCAGCCACGAGAACCCAGUGGACAUCCUCAUCAUGGACGAUGACGACGUGCCCACCUGGCCCCCCACCAAGCUGUCCCCGCCCCCGUCGGCGCCCCCGGCCGGCCCCCCGCCGCGCCCGCGCCCGCCCGCGCCCUACAUCUGCAACGAGUGCGGCAAGAGCUUCAGCCACUGGUCCAAGCUGACGCGGCACCAGCGCACGCACACGGGCGAGCGGCCCAACGCCUGCACCGACUGCGGCAAGACCUUCUCGCAGAGCUCGCACCUGGUGCAGCACCGCCGCAUCCACACGGGCGAGAAGCCCUACGCCUGCUCCGAGUGCGGCAAGCGCUUCAGCUGGAGCUCCAACCUCAUGCAGCACCAGCGCAUCCACACGGGCGAGAAGCCCUACGCCUGCCCCGACUGCGGCCGCAGCUUCACGCAGAGCAAGAGCCUGGCCAAGCACCGGCGCUCGCACAGCGGCCUCAAGCCCUUCGUGUGCCCGCGCUGUGGCCGCGGCUUCAGCCAGCCCAAGAGCCUGGCGCGCCACCUGCGCCUGCACCCCGAGCUGGCGGGGCCCGGCGUGGCGGCCAAGGUGCUGGCGGCCAGCGUGCGGCGCGCCAAGGCGCCCGGCGACGAGGCGGCGGCGGCGGACGGCGAGCUCGCCAUCCCCGUGGGCGACGGCGACGGCAUCCUCGUGGUGGGCGCGGCCGGCGAGGGCGCGGCGGGCGCGGCGGGCGCGGGCGGCGCGGGGGCCAGGGCGCCGGGGCCGCGCUCCCGCCGCGCGCCCGCGCCCAAGCCCUACGUGUGCGCCGAGUGCGGCCAGGGCUUCGCGCACGCGGCCGCGCUCCUGGCGCACCAGCGCGCGCAGCACGGGGACGCGCCCGCGGGCGGCGAGGAGCCGGCGCACAUCUGCGUGGAGUGCGGCGAGGGCUUCGUGCAGGGCGCGGCGCUGCGCCGGCACAAGCGGGUGCACGCGGUGGGCGCGCCCUCCGUCUGCAGCCGCUGCGGACAGAGCUUCUACCGCGCCGGCGGCGGCGGCGACGAGGAGGACGGCGGGGCCGAGGCGGCGGGCGGCCGCUGCAGCGAGUGCCGCGGCGGGGACGCCCGGUAG